AUGGCCCUCGAGCAGCUCUCCUCCAACAAGACCUUCGACGGUCAGCUCAUCAAGUAUAAGUUCAAGUUCAACCUCUUCCUUCCCGCGAACGCGGUGAACGGCACCAACGCGCAGAAGGGCGGGUUUCUGGGGCCGGCGGCGAAAGAGGGCAUCGCGAUCCUCUUCCCCGACACGUCCCCGCGCGGCGCGGGCGUCGAGGGCGAGACUGACAGCUGGGACUUCGGCGUCGGUACGGGCGGGCUUCUACCUGAAUGCGACGACCCGAAGUGGUCGAAGCACUACAACAUGCUCACGCAUGUCACGAUCGAGCUCCCGCAGGUGCUCGAGGCGGCGAACGUCCCCGUUGACCUCACGCGCCAGUCCAUCUUCGGCCAUUCGAUGGGCGGCCACGGCGCGCUCACGCUCUACCUGUCCUCCAUCCUCGGCGGCGUGAAGCAGUACCGCUCGGUCUCCGCCUUCGCGCCGAUCGCAAACCCGAUCAACUGCCCGUGGGGCCAGAAGGCUUUUGAGGGCUACCUCCAGGGCGGCGUGGAGGAGGCCCGCGAACGGUACGACGCGACGGAGCUCGUCAAGAAGCUGGGCAGCGCCCCAGUGCAUAUUCUCGUGGACUAUGGAACGGGUGACAACUUCUUCAAGAAUGGGCAGCUGCUUCCGGAGAACUUCCUCAGGGCCGCGCGCGACGCCGGCUACGACGAGGUCCAGGUCCGUGUUCGGUCUCAAGAAGGGUAUGACCAUAGCUACUACUUCAUGGCGACCUUCGGCGCGGACCAUGUGCACUUCCACGCAAACUUCCUGAAGGCGUAA